UUUAUAUAUAAAAGCUUUAAAUUACGAUUUCUCUUCAGAUAGACAUUACUAUCAUUAGUGUUUAAAUUGUUCAAAAAACUGCGUUUAAAGAAGUUUUAGGGAAUAAGAUAAGAACGUACAUCGCGAAAAACGUAUUCCUCAUAAAAGGUAUGUACCUACCUAAUUAUCAUUAUAUUUCCAUAUAAUGAUUACUAAAGAAUUUACCAUAUUUACAAUAUUUACUUGACUAUAUAAAGAAAUAAACAAAUUUUUUCAAUACUUCAAUUUUUAUUUGGUUAAAAUAACUAAAAUAAAUUGAAAAUUCGGAUUAUAAACAUAUUUUAGAAGAUGAUUUUGAAAAAUUGUAUGAAGGCCGACUAAAGUAAAAUAAACUAGAAAGGAAUUCGACACAUCUAAAGUAUAAUAUAAUUUAUAAUUUUUGAAUAAUCAAUACUUUUUUUUUUAUACUGCCAUUUAUAUCAAUAGUUGAAAUACAAAUUUGGUAAUUAUAAGUAUUUGAUAUAUUUUUAAUUCUGGUAAUAUUAAGGCUAUAAAUUCAAUAUCGUACCUUUCAUUUUUGUUCUUCUAUAUGACAUUUAGGAUUAGGCUUGUAAUUUCACAGUUUUUUUUUACAUCGUUUUUUUACUUUCAAUUCGAGUGAAAUUAAUAAUAAUUUAAAACUAUCGACUGCAUUUAAUCUAAUUACUUCAUUUUUAAUAUAGAUAAUAUGAAGGUGUUGAUUGUUUUGGGAUUUGUGGCCAUAUCUAUUAGUGCUGUGUGCUCAAUGACUAUACAGGAUAUUUCAAAAGAAUGGAAUUCGUUCAAAGUGUGCACAAAAUACUUGUUUAUCUAUGUAUAAAAUGCUAAUAAAUUGACGUUAUAUAUUUUUUUUUUUUUACAGGUAAAAUUUAACAAAGUAUACAAGAAUGUCGAAGAAGAGUUAUUCCGUAAAAAUAUAUACUUAGAAAACAAGGUGAAAAUCGAGAAACACAACAAGUUGUACGAAANAAUUCGUUUAAAGUGUGUACAAAAUACUUAUUUAUCCAUCAAUGAAAUGCUAACAAAUUGAGGUUAUAUUUGUUUUAUUUACAGAUUAAAUUUAACAAAGUAUACAAGAACGCCGAAGAAGAAAUAUUCCGUAAAAAUAUUUACUUAGAAAACAAGGUGAAAAUCGNUGGAAUUCGUUCAAAGUGUGUACAAAAUACUUGUUUAUCUAUGUAUAAAAUGCUAAUAAAUUGAUGUUAUAUAUAUAUAUUUUUUUUUUUACAGGUAAAGUUUAACAAAGUAUACAAGAAUGUCGAAGAAGAGUUAUUCCGUAAAAAUAUAUACUUAGAAAACAAGGUGAAAAUCGAGAAACACAACAAGUUGUACGAAAAAGGUCAAGUAUCAUACGAGUUAGGAAUGAAUAAAUUUGGUGACUUGGUAUGCACUAUACAAAUUACACAUAUAACUAUUUGAUUUUAUAAGCCAGGUUUCUUUGUAAUAUUCAAUUCGAACAAUUAUUAUGAUACAUUAGACUGCUCAUGAAAUUAUUGGAAAAAUGAAUGGAUUUAAUUAUUUGAAAACAAAUGACAUUGAUGAUGGUGAUUCGGUGACUUUCUUGAGGUCUGAAAAUGUGAUUACCCCCAGUUCGGUCGACUGGAGGAACGAAGGAUACGUGACACCUGUCAAAGACCAAGGUGUUGAUUGCGGAUCGUGUUGGGCGUUUAGUGCUGUAAGUUUUAGUUUAUAAUAUGAUAAUGACUUAAUUUUUCUGUGUACAAUAAUUGGGUUUAUUAAAAUUUAUUCAGUCACUUCUUUAACUGGAAACUUACAAUCCUAAUUUUGUGUUAUUGGUACACCUACAACUUCUACUGCUAAUUCAAAUGCUUUCUGUUCUAAUUUAUCAACUAAAGUCCUUACCAGUUGAAUUUCAAUUGAUAACUUUGCAUUUUUUUCUCUUAUUUUCUUUAUUUCAUUUAGAAUUUUUGUUACAGUACUAAUUAAUUGAUUAGACUUGACACUCAAGUAGUGGACUAAUUCCGCUAAUUGUUAAAUAUUACAAUUUUUUUUUUAACUAUUUGAUUACAAUCCUUUUUUAUUUUCCCUGCUAGUCGUGCAAUCAUUGCAAACCCAUCUAUUUUUCGUAAUAUAUGACAACUUGCUAAAUACAUUGUCAUUCAAUCAUUGAUAAUAAUAGUGCGAAUUUCUUUUGCAGGUGGAAUAUAAAAUUUUACCCUCGUUAUGUUGAAUAUCAUUGCAUUUUCAACAUUUUAUCUUGCAAAUAAUAACAAUAAUAAUAAUAUGGCGUUUGGGUUUGCCUGCUCGCGUCUUAUUGGUUUAAUAUAAUUAACAUAUAAUACAUGUUAAGGAAAUUGGUUAAUUAAAUUUAUUAAACAAAUUUCUGUCUUCCACAAGUGAAAUAUAGGGAUUUAGACGUGUUUUAUUUCCAACGUACCGAUUGUUCUAAUGAAUCCAUACGAAUUUAAAAAGCAGGUUUGAAUUUGUCGUGAAGUCUACAUGAUUGAGUUUCCCACUUUUUUGAUUUUUAAAUAUAAUUUCUUGAAAAUUUAAAAUUUUCCAUUUUAAAUUCUAAGUGGAGCGAAGAAACUUAUGGUUUUGUAAAGAUGUUUAUUAUUAUUGUUUUUAAUUUAUGUGCAAUUUAUCUACCAGAAAUCGUGCUUAGAUUUUCAGCUGCACCCGUCCCCAUUGUCCCAAUACGUCUUUUUUCAAUUACUAUUUUGUUAGUAUGGCUUUUUUCAGAAUCAAGGGAGAUAAAUAUAAAAAUUGGGAAAUUUGAUCUCAAGUACAUUUCAUGAUAAAUUUAAAUCUGUUUUCAGAAUUCUUAUCCCUUCACUAGAUCAAUCGGUACGUUGGAAAUGUUUAAAUCCCUAUACUACACGUGUGUAGGACGAAGACAGAAACUCGUCGCUUCCACUCCCUAAAAUGCGUUCCAUUGUGUUAUCAAAUGGUAUAUGUUUUAAUUUUAGACUGGAGCAUUGGAAGGACAACAUUUCCGGAAGACGGGGAAGCUUGUAUCAUUGAGCGAGCAAAAUUUGGUCGAUUGUUCUCAUUGGUUUGGUAAUUCUGGUUGUACGGAUGGCUAUAUGAAUAAUGCUUUUAGAUACAUCAAAUAUAACAGAGGAAUUGAUACUGAGAAUUCGUAUCCUUAUACGGGCAAAGUAAGACUACAUCGAGUUGUUUAUCACAUAUAUAAGGACAUUAUUUAUUAUAAUAUUUACAGGAAGGAAAAUGUAAGUACAGUGCCAAAAACAGGGGUGCUACCGACAGAGGCUUCGUAAAAAUUAAGAAUGGAGACGAAAACGCUCUCAAGGAAGCCGUGGCUAAUGUUGGGCCGAUAUCUGUUGCCAUUGACUCUUCGGCGCUUCACUUCGGCUUUUAUAAAUCAGGAGUGUUUUACGCGUCUGAUUGUAGUUCAACACAGCUCAACCACGCUGUACUGGCUGUUGGUUAUAACACCACAGAAUCGGGAGAAGACUAUUGGAUUGUUAAGAAUUCUUGGGGUGAGGAAUGGGGCGAAAAUGGUUAUAUAUUGAUGGCACGUAAUAAGAACAAUAACUGUGGUAUCGCAACUGCUGCCAUUUAUCCUUUGGUUUAAAUUUAAAAAUAUUUUAAGCGAGAUAUAUUU